CAAGUAACCUUAUAAAUAAUGUUAACUUAAAUCUAAUGAAAAUUUCUAUAAAAUGUGUUCUGUGUGUGUGAAAGGUUCAGAAUGGCUAUAAUACAUAGCCAAAAACAUCACUGUAGACAUUUAAAUAAUGACUCUGAUACUGAUGGGGUCCCUGGCUGUGAAAAGUUGGAGAAGCCCUGCUGUUCUCUUAUGAGAACACAUUUGCAGUUCAUUCAAAUGGGCGGCUGCUUCAGGGAGAUGCUGCGCCUGCGUCACGGAACGACGUGGUCAGAGUGGCGUAGCCCCGCCCAUUCUUCCAACCUACUUCUUCUUAUUGCCUUGGUGUCCUGUCAAUCACUCCCUGAACGCUCAGUCCUACCUGAAUUGUUGUCUGCUCUUUCUGAAAGUAGGCGCUCAUCGGACAUGACAUCCUCUACUAGUGUGUAGGUGAUCCGCUGGAGCGAGACUCACCAGAAGAACGGAAAUAUAUGUUCACUCUAGUAUAUAUUUUGAGCUCUGCUUCUUAGUGGGGAGAAAUUGCGAUAGUGGGGAGAAUUGCGAUAGUUCCCCCUGUAUUACCUGAUUAAUCCAAAGUAGCGAAAUAGUAGCGUUCAUACUCUACUUUUACUUUGUUUACUCCGUGUCUAUGUUUCUGCCUGCGAGUCCUUAAAGCCUCACAUCCGACACGCAGAACAGUUCACUUUUCGUCUUUGCCGGAAAUCGGAACUGAUACACCCUUCUGCUUGGGUCCAAGUGGAGUGUUACACCUGGACCAGGCUGCACUUUUGCAGAAGGCAUAGCUACAUGGAGGUCCACAGUUGACUCAUUUUAGCUUCCUCACCUUCUCUCUGUUUUUUCCCCCACAUUGUGUGUGAUCGUGGGGGAUGAGCUCAGAAGAGAAGAGCUCCACCAUGUCCCAAAAGAUCUCCUCUCUAUCCCGCAGCAACAGCAGCACCUCAUCCAAACAUGACAGCCGACAAGACAGCUGGGAGAUUGUGGAGGGGCUGCGUGGUGGCUUAGGAAAUGUUCAACCGCCUGAGAGACAGGAGGGCUUCAUGCUGAAGAGACGAAAAUGGCCCAUGAAAGGCUGGCACAAGAGAUACUUCUUCUUGGAUAAGGGAAUUCUGAAGUAUGCCAAGUGCUCAGCAGAUAUGGAGAAGGGCAAGCUUCAUGGCCGCAUUGACGUGGGUCUGUCUGUCAUGGCCAUAAAGAAGAAGUCCAAGUGUAUUGAUCUGGAUGCAGAGGAGAACAUCUACCAUCUUAAGAUCAAGUCUCAGGAGCUGUUUGAUGAAUGGGUCUGUAAGCUGCGUCACCACCGGCUGUACAGGCAGAAUGAGAUCGCCAUGCUGCCCCCUGAGAAACCACUCUACAGCCCUCACUUCCCCGCCACCUCCUCUCCCAGCUUCAACGAGAGCCAAGCUGCCAGAAAGCGUGCUUCUCUUGCCAAGCAGACUUCUCUGCACGCACCCAUCACCUUCACCACUCAGGCUAAGGUGGCCGCCUGGCUCCAGUGCUCUGAUGACAUGGACAAGUGUUCCAAAGAGCUGUCUGAGUGUGAGGCUCAGUUGCUAGAGCUGAAUCACCUGCUGAGGAGUAUGGAAGUUCUACACCGCACCUAUUCUGCGCCUGCUAUCAAUGCCCUGCAGCCAUUUGCUUAUGACAGCCCUAAAAAAGAAAAAAGACAUUCCAGGAAAUGGCGUUCCAAACAUUACAACAAGGACAACAAAACUACGCUGCAGGUCCCCAGCUGUAUCUCCUCAGGUUCCGUGCGUCUCCACGCCUCCAAUCCCAACCUCUCCUGUGCUGAUCUGGCCAUUGAAAAAAGCUAUCCAGAGCUCCUUGACUUGCCCAUAGAUGUGUCCAAACUUCAAGAAGAUUUCUGCCGUGUGGCCAGCAGCUUGCACACUAACCUGAAGUCGACUCUGGGCUCCUUGAAUGCAGAGAAAGAGAAACUGAGGCAGAUGAUGGAGCAGGAGACAUGUACAGCUCCUUCUGCACAGCUCUUAGGACUGAAGAGUGCUCUGGCUUCUGCUUUAGCACAGAACUCUGAUCUGAGAGAGCGCCUCUGCAAGAUACACAUAGAGUCGCAUAUCUCAGAGCCUGCCAUCCUUAAAAACUUCAGUACUGGCUCGCUGCAGAAGCAGGAAUCCUCAGACUGCUCCCGCCACCUCGUCCACCAGGCGUCCAACGAGAGCCGAGCUUCCAUUACAGAGUCUCUGUCUGAGUUCUUUGACGCUCAAGAGGUCUUGCUUUCAGCGAGCUCCUCUGAGAACGAGCCUUCAGACGAUGACUCGUACAUCAGCGAUAUCAGCGAUAAUAUCUCCGUGGACAACUUCAGCAACGAGGUCCAGAAUGAGAGACUUGACUCAGAUUGUAUUGAGAACGGUGUUCCCCAGGGAAAGCGACGUUCUAUGCUCCCAUCUCCGAGCCCCAACACCAGCAACAUCAGUCUCUGGAACAUCCUGAGGAAUAACAUUGGAAAGGACCUGUCCAAGGUGGCCAUGCCAGUGCAGCUGAACGAGCCACUCAAUACCCUGCAGAGGCUGUGUGAGGAGCUGGAGUACAGCGAGCUGCUCGACCAAGCCGCACACACACAGGAUCCGUUCGAACGCAUGGUGUACAUUGCAACGUUCGCUGUAUCGGGCUAUGCCUCCAGUUACUACAGAGCAGGAGGAAAACCUUUCAACCCAGUGCUGGGGGAGACAUACGAGUGCGACCGGCCAGAUAAAGGAUUUCGCUUUAUAGCGGAGCAGGUCAGCCAUCACCCUCCUAUAUCUGCAUGCCAUGCUGAGUCGAAAAACUUUAUCUUCUGGCAAGAUGUAAGGUGGAAGAACAAGUUCUGGGGGAAGUCCAUGGAGAUUGUUCCUGUUGGCACCACUCAUGUAGUGCUCCCUGGUUUGGGAGACCACUAUGAGUGGAACAAAGUGACAUCGUGUAUUCACAACAUUCUGAGUGGUCAGCGUUGGAUCGAGCACUAUGGGGAAAUCUCCAUUAAGAACUCUAGCAGCGAUAUCUGUCAGUGUAAAGUCACCUUCGUCAAGGCAAAGUACUGGAAUUCCAGUAUAUACGAGGUAGAGGGAACAGUCAUGGACCAUAAAGGCAAGGUGAUACACAAGCUGUUUGGGAAGUGGCAUGAGAGUAUAUACUGUGGAAGCCCACCAUCUGCUACAUGCAUCUGGAGAACCAAUCCAAUGCCUGCUGACUACGAGCAGUACUACGGCUUCACUAAGUUUGCUCUUGAGCUGAAUGAACUGGAUCCACAGACCAAACUUUUACUGCCGCCCACGGACACGAGAUUACGUCUUGAUCAGAGGUUACUGGAGGAGGGGAAUGUUGAUUCUGCAGAAACACAGAAGCAAAGAAUCGAACAGCUACAGAGAGAUAGGCGCAGAGUCCUCGAGGAGAACAACAUGGAACAUCAGCCACGGUUCUUCCAGAAAUCAAAAGAUGACACAUGGAUCAGCAACAACACUUACUGGGACCUGAGGAAAGAUCCAGGCUUCAGUAAUCUGGAUUGUCCAGUGCUGUGGUGAACUACAUCUGAACAGUGCUCACUCACAAGCCUCUUCU